AUGUCUAAAAUUACCGUCGCCGGUGUGCGUCAGAACGUUGCUGAGCUCCUCGAGUACAGCAACGAGACCAAGAAGCGUAACUUCCUGGAGACCGUCGAGCUCCAGAUCGGCCUGAAGAACUAUGACCCCCAGCGUGACAAGCGUUUCUCCGGCACUGUCAAGCUGCCUUCCGUCCCCCGCCCGAACAUGGCCAUCUGCAUCCUGGGUGACCAGCACGAUAUUGACAGGGCCAAGCAUGGCGGCGUCGAUGCCAUGAGCGCCGACGACUUGAAGAAGCUUAACAAGAACAAGAAGCUCAUCAAGAAGCUGGCUCGCAAGUACGAUGCCUUCGUCGCCUCCGACACCUUGAUCAAGCAGAUCCCACGUCUGCUUGGCCCCGGUCUGUCCAAGGCUGGCAAGUUCCCUACCCCCGUCUCGCACGCCGACGACCUCAGCGCCAAGAUUACCGAAGUCAAGUCGACCGUCAAGUUCCAGCUCAAGAAGGUUCUGUGCAUGGGCGUCGCUGUCGGCAACGUUGGCAUGACCCAGACCAGCUGA